ACGCUUAUUUACAUUUUACAGAGUGGAGACUGAGCACCGCCUAAAGAAGAGAAUGAACAGCAAGGUGUUUCCUCGGGUUUCUUCUUCCUUUUAGUUCUUGACUUUGUUGCCAAACUCCCUAAGCUGAAAACGACACUGCCGUCUCGUGCUGAAAAGUGAAAACCAUAAACGUCAAUGGUGAGUGACAAGACAGUGUUGGCUGUGAUCAGGGCGUCGAGGCCCACCUUCCGCAACCAAAACGACAAAAUCGCCUUUGCCGUUCACUCCUCCUUCCUCGCCUCCGGUUACGUCCUCACCGCCACUGGUUCCCAAGCCCUCUCCGACACUGCGCUUUCCAAUUCUUCCAACGCGGUUGAUCAGUGGAACGAGCUAAAUGACGAGUACGCGUUCGUUUACGCAAACCCAGAAAGGGGUUCGAAGAAAGUACUCUUGAAGUGCCUUGUGAUGAACGAAAUAUUGCUCGUUGAUGCUUUGUCUGAAGGGUCUUCGGAGCCUGUGCACCUUGACAUUAAUGUUGGGGAAUAUGCAGGAGAGGAUGGCGGUAGCAAUUAUUCUCAGCAGUUCAAGAAUUUGGACAAGCUUGUAAAGAUAAUAGAUGGGGAUAUCUUGUCUAAAUUUGAUGGUUCUGCCAAUGCCAGCUCGUCAAAUAAAAGGUCAGAAACAACUGAAAGACAAGAGAUACAUGAGACUGGUACUAGAUUUGGUGAUCCUGCCAUUCCCCCAAAUCAUCCUGUUGGAAUUGCGUUCCCUCCUGUUUCCAUUGGGUCUGGUAGUGAUCUUUUUCCGGGAACGGCUGCUGGAAUGUAUCCUUCAAGAGGUGGUCACAACAUUGGUGGGAGCAUGCUUGUAGGGCCUAAUGAUCCCCGUUUCUUCGGUGGUAUUGGUGGUAUCGGCGGAGAACCAGGCUUUCCUGGAGGACAGCUGGAUGUUCCUCCCGGUGCUCGAUUUGAUCCAUAUGGUCCUCCUGGUGUUCCUGGUUUUGAGCCUAACAGGUUUACAAGGAAUCCUCGUAGGCCAGGAUAUGACGCUCAUCCAGAUUUGCAACAUUUCCGGAGAGAUCCAGAUUCAGACUAUAUAUAGUUGUACAAGGAUUGCAUUCCUCUGUGUGUGUUUCAUUUCCCUGUUUUGUUAAUGUUCCCAAUCUCAUGGAACGCACUAAUAAUUGAAGAGAGAAUUGGGGGAAACACUUUGAUGUAAAGUGGAUUUAGAUCAUGAGCCAUGCGUGGCUCAUUAGUAUAUGGACAAACUUUUGGUAGCAAAGGUCAAUUUGUCUAUUUUUCCUAAUAGAUGGAGCCUAGUUGAGAUUUAAGG